CCUUCGGGGGUUGGAGGCAGUAGUUCGGUGCUGGCCCCGUAGCCCUGGCUGGAGCUGUGGUGCGGGUGGGCCCGGCCCCGCUCGGUCGGAAGGUGGUCCCAUAUUGGGGCUUUAACAAUGCGGAGAGGGGGCUGCCGGCAGCAGUGAGAUGGUGUACUGCGAGUAUGGAAUGGUCCAUGUCCUUUCAGAGAAAGGGAGCAGCAAAGGCAAGGACUACUGUAUCCUCUUCAACUCCCAGUGGGCCCAUCUGCCACAUGAUCUGGGUAAAGCUUCACUCUUGCAACUGCAGGAUCAGACAGCAUCUGUUUUGUGUUCUCCUUCUGAUGUACCUGAUGGGGGGUUUAAUAAUCGAAUCCCCAUGGUGAUGCGAGGGAACUGCACCUUCUAUGAGAAAGUGAGGCUUGCUCAGAUAAAUGGAGCUCGUGGGCUGCUGAUUGUUAGCAGAGAGAGACUGGUCCCUCCAGGGGGUAACAGGAGCCAAUAUGAAGAGAUUGAUAUUCCCGUUGCUCUGCUCAGCUAUUCUGAUAUGUUAGAUAUUGUUAAGAGCUUUGGCAGGUCAGUGAAGGGAGCAAUGUAUGCACCAAAUGAGCCUGUGCUCGAUUACAACAUGGUCAUUAUAUUUGUCAUGGCUGUGGGGACUGUGGCAAUUGGAGGCUACUGGGCAGGAAGCAGAGAUGUGAAAAAGCGAUACAUGAAGCACAAACGUGAUGAUGGGGCAGAGAAACAUGAUGAUGAAACAGUUGAUGUGACUCCAAUAAUGAUCUGUGUGUUUGUAGUGAUGUGCUGCUCAAUGCUGGUCCUCCUCUAUUUCUUUUAUGACCACUUAGUCUAUGUUAUCAUAGGAAUAUUCUGCCUGGCUGCCUCAAUUGGCCUUUACAGUUGUCUGUCUCCUUUUGUAAGAAGAUUCCCAUUGGGAAAGUGUAGAAUCCCAGACAACAACUUGCCUUAUUUCCACAAGCGUCCACAGGUCCGGAUGUUGUUGUUAGCUGUGUUCUGUAUCUCUGUCAGUGUAGUCUGGGGAGUCUUCAGAAAUGAAGAUCAAUGGGCCUGGGUUCUGCAAGAUGCUUUAGGAAUUGCUUUCUGUCUUUACAUGCUGAAAACAAUUCGCCUGCCUACAUUUAAGGGUUGUACCUUGCUCCUCCUCGUUCUUUUUGUCUAUGAUGUAUUCUUUGUAUUUAUCACACCGUUUCUAACAAAGACUGGAGAGAGUAUAAUGGUGGAAGUGGCUGCAGGCCCAUCUGAUUCUGCCACUCAUGAAAAGCUCCCAAUGGUCUUGAAGGUCCCACGACUGAACUCCUCCCCACUGGCUCUGUGUGACAGACCUUUUUCUCUCCUAGGAUUUGGAGACAUCUUAGUUCCAGGUUUACUGGUGGCCUAUUGCCAUAGAUUUGAUAUUCAGGUGCAAUCAUCCAGAGUAUAUUUUGUAGCCUGCACAAUAGCAUAUGGCAUAGGCCUUCUUGUGACCUUUGUCGCCUUGGCGUUAAUGCAGAUGGGUCAGCCAGCUCUGCUCUACUUGGUACCCUGCACUCUAAUCACCAGCUUUGCUGUGGCUCUUUGGAGAAAGGAGCUUGCAAUGUUCUGGACGGGCAGCGGCUUUGCGAAAGACCUACCUCAGCCUCCCUUGGUGAUAGCUUCUGUCAACUGCCCUCAGCUUCCUAAAGAUAGCAACGUACCAGCUUCUCAACAAGAGACAGAGGAAAUGGCCGACCCUACCCUGCAUGUGAAGGAGCUGCACAGCCCUACUUUGGCUGCAGAGGAACCAGCUGAUAACGACACAAAGACGGAACAGUCAGAAGUUUCUAUCACAAAGAGUGAAGAACCAGCUGGGCACAACAAGGUUGACCUUGAAAGUAAAUCUCUAAACCUCGAGCAAAAACAGCUGGAAUAAACAAUUUGAUAGGAACUCCGUAUUUUCCCUUACAAACAUUCAUGUAAAACCAGUAUGUAUUUAGACUGGUUCAGUAGUAUUCACGUUCAUUGAGGAACCUCGGUGGGAGUCUGAUCAUCAAAUCCAACAAAGAAUGUUCUGCCUCCAGCUUUGGUACAGCUAUACACUUCAAACAUAUUUGAAAUAUGGUGCUCUACAAGGGUUCUGAUGUAUGGAUUUCAAUUAUCAUUUUAUUAGUGAAUGCCUUUGACUGAUCCAUUUUAAUUAUACCAGGGUAGUAUUAAGAGUCUUUAUUUACACAGUACUCUGUGCUUUGUGGCUAUUUUUGCUGCUUUAGCAUAGUGUAGGUUAACGUGGAAGAAAAGCAUUGAACAAGUCUGCUACAAUGCUUAGCUGAAAGAAACACGAGAUGACUUUAGCACUUUCCCUAUUGUCACCUUUUACUUUUUCUACUUGUCAAAGCCAUUGAUGCAAGGGAAUGCUUUAGUAUAAGCUGACAUUCAGGAAAUGCAGAGAGUGGUUAAAUUACAAGCCUCUGAAAGGAUUUAUACUACCAAGGUGCAUUAAAUGCAUCUCUUAAACUUCUUUCUUUUUACUUCCAGGUACCUGUGUUGGCUACUAGUCUAGUUUAAAAGGUAGGAUGAAUGGAGCUACAGCUCGCUAAGCACUCCAUGAACUCCAGGGGUUGUCUCUGAAAAGAAGGUGUUUGUAACAGAACACCACCUGGUAGAAUAAGGAUAUUAAGAAUGUUUGCUUUAGAAAUGAAAUAAGCCAAUAAUUAAGCAAAUAGGUAGUAAUGUUAAACUAAACUUAAUUAUUUUCACUGGGGAAAAUGUUACAGUAAAACAGCAAAAAGAAUAAGUAAUACCUCAAGAGCCCAAACUGAUGAACUUUAAGGAACAUAGUUGUGGUCACUUACUGAAGAAAAGAGUCUGUUUUCAUUCUCAAGGGAACACACGGUGCUAUAGUAGGUUGUGAUUUAAAGCUACUUGCUGCUUAGUAACCAAUCAGCUGCCUCAAAUAAUGUUAUGUCUUCAUCCCAGAAGUAGCUGAAGCGUGGCCUGUCAGGUUCUGGAAAGAGGCUGUGAUCUAACCAUUUUGCCCCUCUUGCUAAGUGACAGUGCAAAGGACACAGUUUGUAAGUGUAAAACUAUUUGGGUGCAGGUGGUCUUAAUUUAUAUUCCUGAAAUUAGACAUUUUCUUGUGUAACGUGAUUGAGUCUUUUAUGGGGAGAUGACGAGAUUUGUGUGCCAUUUGUUCUACAUAUGAACAUUUGGCUUUAUCAAAAGCGUUUGUGUUUUACAUUUAAAUUGCAGUCCCCUAAUGCCUCAAACAAUUCAUGUUAAGUCUGAGAAAGAAAACAGAAGUGUUCUAGGAUCUUGGAACAUGUUUCUAAAUUGCAUGGGAGAAAUGCUUUUCAGAGCAUUUGAGUCUAAAGCAUCAUUUACAAAAGCAUCAUCAUUUUGUCCCAGUCUGAGGCAAUGAUUUUAAAUUAAGAGUCUCCAGUUGGCGUGUUGAGUUCAAUUCCAAAAGGUUCUCCUUUAAUGUCUGUUGUUAAACUUCAGCCUUCAUAUCUUUGGCUAGGUCUUCUAGAAGUUUGCCCCAUGGUUUUCUUUUUUGGAUGCUCAUUUCUCAUCUGUUUUGCAUUGGGUGGUAAUAUUCUUUCUCUGGAAUGUGAAAAAAUUUCUGUAAAACUACAAUGUGGAAUCAGAAUUUUUGCCCUCUUCUUAAAGCCCUGUCUGAUAGGUUGAUUUCAUAGCAUAAGUCCCAAGUCCUGCACUGCAUUUAAUUUAUGAAUGACCCAAAUGGAAGAUAGUAGUAUUAAAGACAUCUGGGUUAUUUUUGUUCUUGUUUUCUUCAAUCUCCUCUUUGAUGGACUACGUCUGCCAGUAGUAAUCUGAAUUUCAACUAACUAAAAAAGCAACGGAGGCAUUUAACUGAAAAUAUCAGCCAGCUGGAUUAUGCCUUAAUUUAAACCAUUGUAUAAGUUUAUAUAUAAACAAAACAAUCCUGUGUUUAAAUAAUGAACUUGACAAACAGCGAUAAAAGUUUGGAGAAUGACUCCAAGUUCUGUGGUGUUGUUUUUUUUUUUUUGCUUUGAUUGUUUUUCAGUCAUAAUACUGGUGGGAGUAAUUUUUAUACAUUGAGGUCAGUAGUUUUCUGAUGAUGAAGCAUUAAGUUUUAUCACCUUCUUAAAAAUGUAUUUUACAUUUGUUCUCAUGUGGGUUAGGAAACAGUUUAUUUCUCAAAUUGUUUGUAACUCGAUGAAAGUGGAAGACUUAUAACACUGAUUAACUUGUAGACACCUGGUAGUUGCUUUAUGUUUCAUUCUAGAUGGGUCUGCAUAUGCUUCACCUUCAUGUUUUGGAUGGUUUUCCAUCUAUUUAAGUGUAAGUUUGUGUGUGUUUUUCUUCUCAAACUACAGAUAUCAGAGUGGGGAAAAAAAAUAGUUACUCAGUGCAAUAUCUCCAGUUAAAGUAUAUAAACAGUUACAUACUUUGACUAUUGCAGUACUGUACACCUUUGGUGCACCAGUUUGGCUGCGACUGUUUGGACCCUGUUCAAUCACUCCCAUCAGAAAGCAAGGUUGUGCUUUUCUGUCUUUCCCUGAAUAUAAAAUUUAAUGUUGUACAGGAAAAUGUCAAAAUAUGUUCAUUGUAGUUGAUUUUUAUUUGAUGAUUGCAGAUGUACAUCCCACACUAAACUUGAGUUAAAAGGCUGCUUUUGGAGUAAUGUUAAAGUGCUUUGUUUUUAACACUUUGGAUUACCUGAGUAGUAAGGGACAGAUUCUUUCCUGGGUCAAAAAUUACUAACCAUGAGUCAAUGCAUUGGACUGACUGGGUUUGACUUGUAUCCUCCUGAAGGGUUGCACAAAUGCAGCUGAAACCAGAAUGUGACAUCAAGGAUCCUCAUGGGAGUGGCAAGGGAGAAGUACCUCAAAUCCUCUGUUAAUUUACGUGAGUCUUCUUUUUCACCUGUCACAUUUCUUUUAUGUUAACAAAUCAAGUUUCCUGAUUUUUGUUGUUUUUUUUUUACCUGAUUCCCUGAUCUCACAUAAUCAGUGAAACUUGUCCUGCAGAAGCUGCUCUUUUUUUUUUUUCAUUACAGUAGCCCUCGGUCUGUUGUUAAGAAUGCCUUCCAUUUUGCAGACAUGAUGCCCAUUUCCGUGCUUUAGAAUUGGUUUUUUGCAUCUGUGAUACAUCAUUACUAAGACACUAUGGCCAUAAUGUUAAUGCCAAUUGAUUUCUAAGUACGCUGGGAAAUACCACGGACUAUGGAGCCAGGAAGAUGGUAGCUACUGAACAGAGCUGCAGUAAUACAAUUUGAAACUUUGCUGAAGGUGACAGCAUCCAUCAGUCAAAUAACACAACAUCUGGGAGAUGUGUAUUUACCUGCAGUUCUUGUUUUGCUCUGUAGCUUUGGUGGGCAGCAGAAUGCUCAGAGUUAUUGUUUUGUUGGGUUUUUGUUGUUCUUUUUAAAGCUGUUUCAAAGUGGAAUUGUUGGGUCACCGUAUGUGUUCAGUGCCUCCUCUGGAUGUUUCACCCUACAGUUUGUAGAGCUUUGUUACUGACUUAGAACAUUUCUCAGUUCUCUGCUUAACUUCUCUACUUCCUAUUAAAUGCCUUUGGCCUUGAAGGAUUCCUUCCUUCCUUUCAUUCAGCUGUUUGUAUACCUCCCCUGGCUAGCCCAGUAAAAAUUAAAAAAUAAAAGCAAAUAAGAGAAUGCCUAUAUUGGCUCUUGAAGUGAGUGCUUGCAUACAGCUCUUUUGCUGUGAGAUCCUACAGUUCUGCCCUGCAGUUUUGUUUCUGUCAUCUCCUUAUCCCAUAGUUGUGUAGUGCAUGUAUCAUUUUUCAUGUAGGAAUGGCAUUCGAAUCAGUAGAUGUGGGGUUGGUGGUGCGGAAGAAGACCAGAUAAUAACUGCAGUGGCCGGCCAUGGGAAGCACAGGAAACCUGAAGUCCAGAAAGAGCAGGGAGUUUAUAGCUUAGUGGGAAAGCAUUGCGGUUGACAGUUCAGAUCUCACCUUACAGAGAUGUGUUUGGUUUUGUCAUGUUAAUAAGAAGCCCUCAGGGCAGAAAUCACAUCAAAGCACACGUUAAAUAGUUGCAGUGCUUUUUCUACCAAGAUAAGAAAUGUUGUAUUUUGAAAUGUAGAUUGAGUUGCAUUGAAUGGCACUUCGGAAUGUUUUCAUUUCAAUAUGUUCUUCUGUGAGUCUUUCACCUUUGAAUAUCAAAGGUGAAAUAUUCAUGCAAAUAUUCAGAUUAUGUGGUGGGAGAAUGAGGUUUCACUGUCUUUAGAUCAGUGACAGAUAAUACAUGAUGGCCUUAAAUAGAGUUUUCUUGAACCAGGAAUGAGUAUAUUUUACACCAAGUCAUCAUUUCAGGCAUUAGUACAGAACUUAACCUGGUUUUAUGCAGUUAAUUUGGUUUCAGUUCGUUCCUCCAGCAGUUCUUGGGAAUGCUGUGGCUCUUGAUCCUAUCACUGAUCCACUGGUGGCCAUGGUUGUGAGUGGGCAAUCUCCUGAUCUAAUUUGGAGUUGUAUUCUCUUAACUGAAGACAACAAUUCAGUUUAUCAGAUUUCUUGUUGUAUUUUCCUGCUUGCUAACAUUCCCUAUCUUUGUGUAUGGCAAAACCUCAUUUUAGGGAAAGCUUUGAAAUGAUCUGUAGGCUAGAAAUCUGGAGUUGAGCUACAGCUCUCACACACACUCUGUGAUGUGAACUUCCUUUGGGUGUUCAGUGUAAAAGUUAGUUAGCUGAAAAUAUGCAGAGAUGGGUCUGUUUGGGGAGACAGCCUUGUUCUGUCUGAGUGGUGUCAAUGGCAGUGGUCUGAGCUGCUGUAAGUAGUUGUUGCCCACUUUUCUUCAGCUUGUUCUUUGUCACUUGUCCUCUCCAAGAACUGAAUAGCUCAGUGGGAAGAGACCUUCAAAGAUCAUCACAUCCAACUGCCUGACCUCUUUGGGGCCAACCAGAACUGAAUGAGGGCAUUGUCCCAAUAGGGCAUCCACCACCUCUAAGAAAUGUGCUUCACACCUGAACUGCAGGGUUGUACAUUAUCUUCAUCCUGUGGAGAUGUCACAUCUUAACACUUCAGAUUAAUCUCUUCGGUCCUACAAGUCUCUGACAGAUAGGCUCAGUUUGGCAACAUAGGAAAGCAAAACUCCCUUUUGUAAUGAAAGAUGUGCAUUUACAGCUGUGGUGGUGGAUGAUCUGUGUGUUGUCCUCAUCACAGUACUUUGUUUUUUUGUACAGCCCAUUGCUGGAGGAGCUGGGGAUCUGGUAGCCAUGUUUGAGCAAUGCUAGUGAGUCACUGGGAUGUGUGCAUCAGACAAGAGGCUGCGGGCAAACAGAGCGGUUAUGAACAGGGUUUGUGGGGUAAGACUGGAGAAUAUUUGCUCAAUGCUGCUGUCCUGGAUGUUGAUAGUAAGUUUUUAGGGAGCAGGAGGUAACAUCAGUCAACCAGUUUUAAGAUGUCCAAUGUCUCUGUGAAAGGGCUUUAUGAUAACGUUCAGAUAAUAGCACAUAAGGUGGUGUUGUGAAGACUGCAAACUCUGAGGGUUAUUUCUUUUAGUGCUUCUGAAUACAUCCACUUAAUUCUGCUAGUGUACUCACAAUGAACAAAUUGUGAGUACACAAACUUUUCAAGCUCUUGUUCCAUGAAUUGCUGAAGGAAAGUCUUUCAGUGUUCCAAAAGCUGUGCUGUGAUUUUUACUACUGCUGAGCCUUUGCAGUUUGGCCCCUUAAUAAAACUAAGUGAAUAAUUAAAUAAAAAUCCCCGCUGAGGGAGUUAGCUGGGAUAGGAAGGCUGUGGCAUAAAAGCUCUGUUCAGAUAUCCUUCCCGCACAUGGGCUGUUAAUGCCACAUGCACUGAAGCUGUGGAAAGGAGAUGCAGAAAUGCAGAUGGGUCCUAAAGAGAAGGAAUUUGGUUCUCUAUAACAAUGAAGUCAGUCAUUAACAGUGCUAAUAGCUGAAUAUUCUUCCCUGAUUUUUAUCUUGCUUCUCAUUUGUUUUGUCAGCAAGUCAGUAAUGUAUAUUGGUUUAAUUGGCUGUGUUGCCAAACUGUAGGCAGCCUUAUGUGAAUAGUGUCCCUUUGCACAAACUGUAGAAGAUGUGGUAUUUGCUAGGUGGUUACUUGGAAAAUUGCUGCCUGGUGUCUACAAGAAUAGAUAAACCAGUAACAUGGGGACUUAUAUCUAUGAGAUAUCUAUGGUAGAAGUAAGGCCUGGUGGUGGUUUUUUGGAAACAGUAACAAAACAUGUUCCCUUCUCAGUACCAUCAGCAGCUGAGAGAAAAACAUCAUUUCCAAGUCAUAACAUUUUGACAAACAUUUCUGUUUUUCAGAGGUUGUAGGUCCUCCUGUAAUACCCACACCAGCUCCUUGGUUUUGUCUGGGUGCGUUCUUCCCACCGUAUGCCAAAUAGUUCCAUGGUUUUGAGGUCAGCCCCUUCAUCUGCCUGAUCUGCAGCCUCAUGUCCAGCCAUGCAGUUAAUCAUCCCAGCUAUUUUUGUGAGUGCAAAUGCAUUGUAAGACAUUGCAUUUCCAGUCACCAAGUGUAGGUUUGUUUCUACCUUCUGUGAUUUAAAACACGGGGGGAGGAAAAAAAAAAAACCCAACUAUUGUGUAAUUAACACUGGGGGAGAUGUGAGGACAAGAGCUGAUUUGUGUCCUGGGAGUUUCACUGGAGUGCUCUUGUUGUCUUUUCCAUGGGGUUUUCCAAGUGUGCCCAAAACAGGCAAACACAUUUGGUAAAAGAAAACAAACUUGAAAAAGACUGAUCUGCGGAAAUUGCUGUGUUUUUUUUUCAUCUGUUUUGCUUAAGGAAAAAAAAAAAAAAGGACUUUAGCCUGUUUUAGUUAAAAAAUGUAAAGAUUUUCUAAACCUGUAAAAUAAAGAUACUUAAUUUUUGAACUGAA